AUGUCUGAGAGAACAAAUGAAUGGCCAAUCAAGACAGUUGUAAUCCUAGUCCAGGAGAACAGAUCAUUCGACCACAUGCUGGGAUGGAUGAAAUCCAUCAACCCCGAAAUCGACAGUGUCACGGGCCAAGAAUCUAACCCGUUAUCAACGUCGAGCCCGAACUCGAAUCGAAUACACUUUGGCCACCAGUCGAGCAAUGUGGAGCCCGACCCCGGCCACUCGUUCGAGGCCGUGUUCGAACAAAUAUACGGCAUACCAUGGGACGACGAAAAACGAGCUAAUUUGGCUCCCACAAUGGAAGGAUUUGCUCAGCAAGCAGAGAGCAUACAACAAGGGAUGUCCCGUAUAGUGAUGAACGGGUUCAGGCCCGAACAGGUGCCCGUCUACAAGGAGCUGAUAUCGGAGUUUGCAGUGUGCGACCGCUGGUUCUCGUCCGCCCCCACGCUGACUCAGCCGAACAGGCUCUUCGUACACUCUGCCACGUCGUAUGGGGCCAUAGCCAACGACACGAAGAUGCUCGUUAAAGGCUAUCCGCAGAAGACGAUUUUCGAGUCGGUCGAGGAGAGUGGCUUCUCUUUCGGGAUUUACUAUCACUACCCUCCUUCAACUCUCUUUUACAGAAACCUGAGGAAGGUGAAGUACAUAGACAACUUCCACCAGUUUGACCUCCACUUCAAGAGACACUGCCGGGAGGGGAAGCUACCGAACUACGUCGUAAUCGAGCCAAGAUACUUUGAAAGCAAACUCGUCCCGGGCAACGACGACCACCCGCCCCACGACAUUGCGGAAGGGCAGAGGUUGGUGAAGGAAGUGUAUGAGUCCCUGAGGUCGAGCCCCCAGUGGGAGCAGAUUCUAUUUCUGGUCAUAUACGACGAGCAUGGGGGUUUUUACGACCACGUGCCAACACCAGUGGCUGGCGUGCCCAGCCCAGACGGCAUUGUCAGCCCCGAGCCGCAAAGCUUCCGGUUCGACCGCCUCGGCGUGAGGGUCCCAGCCAUCUUGGUGUCUCCUUGGAUUCAGCCUGGGACAGUGUUACAUGGACCUUCGGGACCGUAUCCCACGUCAGAGUUUGAGCAUUCUUCAAUUCCUGCAACUGUCAAGAAGAUUUUUAAUCUCAAAAGCUUCCUGACUCGGCGUGACGCUUGGGCCGGCACUUUUGAGUGUGUCUUAAACAGGACGAGUCCGAGAACAGACUGCCCAGUUGAGCUGUCUGAACCUGCAAAAAUGAGGGAUACUGAGGCAAAUGAGGACGCAAAGCUAACUGAAUUUCAACAAGAGCUGGUCCAAAUGUGUGCGGUUCUGAAAGGCGACCAUGAUAACUCGGACAUUUUCCCUCACAAGAUAGCGAAGGAGAUGAAUGCUGUCGAGGCCGUUGAUUACAUGGGAGGCGCUUUUCAGAAGUUUAAGGAUGAUUGUGACAAUGCCAUAAGAAAUGGAGUCGAUGUCUCCCACAUUGUCUGUCUUGCUAAACUUCCCGAAAUACACGUUCAGAAGUCGUUUGCAGAAAAACUGUUAUCAUGUUUGGCUUGUGGCCAUUAA